GCGGGGCGGGGCGAGGGCCCGCAGCCGUCGUGUGAGGUGUCCGCUUGCCAGCCAGCCCGUUCGCCGCCAUGGCUCUGCUCUGCACCGGCCGGCUGCUUGCCUCCCCGCGCCUCGCCGCCGCUGCUACCCGCGCCAGCUCAUGGUGGUCCCAUGUGGAGAUGGGUCCCCCCGACCCCAUCCUGGGUGUGACAGAAGCUUUCAAGCGCGACACUAACUCCAAGAAGAUGAACCUGGGAGUGGGGGCUUACCGGGAUGACAGCGGGAAGCCGUAUGUCCUGAACUGUGUUCGCAAGGCAGAGGCCAUGAUAGCAUCCAAGAAGAUGGACAAGGAGUACUUGCCCAUUGGGGGGCUAGCAGAUUUCACUCGGGCAUCUGCAGAACUGGCUCUGGGUGAAAACAGUGAGGUUCUCAAGAGUGGCCGGUAUGUCACUGUUCAGGGUAUUUCUGGGACUGGAUCUCUGCGGAUUGGAGCCAGCUUUUUGCAACGGUUCUUCAAGUCGAGCCGUGAUGUGUACCUACCCAAACCGUCCUGGGGCAAUCACACACCUAUUUUCCGUGAUGCUGGCCUGCAGCUGCAGGCUUACCGCUACUAUGACCCCAAGACAUGCAGCCUUGACUUCUCUGGAGCCAUGGAUGACAUUUCUAAAAUUCCAGAGAAGAGCAUCAUCCUCUUGCAUGCUUGUGCUCACAACCCCACUGGGGUGGAUCCUCGGCAGGAGCAAUGGAAGGAGGUGGCGGCUCUGGUGAAGAAACGAAACCUCCUUGUGUACUUUGACAUGGCCUACCAAGGGUUUGCCAGUGGGGACAUCAACCGGGAUGCCUGGGCUGUGCGCUACUUCAUCGACCAGGGCAUCAACGUCCUCAUAUCACAGUCCUAUGCCAAGAACAUGGGGCUGUAUGGAGAGCGUGCAGGUGCCUUCACAAUGAUCUGCAGCAAUGCAGAGGAAGCCAAGAGGGUUGAGUCACAGCUGAAGAUCCUCAUCCGUCCCAUGUACUCCAACCCACCCCUGAAUGGAGCCCGCAUUGCCUCCAUCAUUCUCAACACCCCUGACAUACGGAAGGAGUGGCUUGUGGAGGUGAAGGGCAUGGCUGACCGAAUCAUCAGCAUGCGGACUCAGCUGGUGUCCAACCUCAAGAAAGAGGGAUCCUCCCACAACUGGCAGCAUAUCACUGACCAGAUUGGCAUGUUCUGCUUCACGGGGCUGAAGCCUGAGCAGGUGGAGCGGCUGAUCAAGGAGUUCUCCAUCUAUAUGACAAAAGAUGGGCGAAUCUCUGUGGCAGGAGUUACGUCGGGCAACGUAGGGUACCUGGCUCAUGCCAUCCAUCAAGUCACAAAGUAAAGACACAGGUGUGCCCUGGAGCUGGGGGCUUUCCCUUCCCUACCAGUCAAAGAUGGGGAGGGAAAGAAAAGAAGCAGAAUACUUUCAAGCACAGCACUCAACGCCGCUGCUGAAUGUAUCUUGUAGAUAAGUUGUUGUAGAAGCCUAGUGAAAACCACCCUGCAGUGUGGAGCAGGGAUGUCGUUGCUGGCUCCUGCUUGUCACAGCCGUUUUCCCCUGCUGUCCAUCAGCCCCAGCACCCUCACAAGCUGGAGGAAGCUGCAGCUUCACACUGCCAUCCUACCAGCAGAGGCACCAGAGGCUCCCCCAUGCUCAGCUCUCCAGAAGGCUUUGUGAGGCAGCAGGAAGGGGAUAUGGGAGGCUGAGUGGAAGGGUUGCUCAGACCUGCUUCUCUGACCUCCUCACAGUCCCUGCUGCCCGCAAGCUUCAUCCUCCUUUAUCCCCCUUCAUCCUCUUCACCCAGGGCUGGGCAGCACCAAAGCUCUGAGGACUGCUUGUUAUCAAAAUCUGCUCAGUCGCUACUUUGCUUUCCAUCUGGAAUCAGGUGUGACUCACAGAGGUAUUGGUGUGUGGGGCAGAGCAGCAUCCCUCCUCUAAAUCUGCCCAGUUCUGACUUCAGUCAUGUACCCUGAGGUGAAACACUUGCUCAUCCUCUAUUCCCAAUAACUUUCUCUGAAAGCCAGUCAGUCUCUGCCUCUCCCAUUCCUGUCCCAACCCCAGCAGCCCUCCCUGAAGAGCAGAGGCCUUUGGUGGGCCCCAGAGCCAUGAACCAAGGGGUCCACCUUCAUGGUGGGGUGUGGGAUGUCCCUCUUCUCUGCUUGGAUCGGUCAAACUGCUGGUGACACUAUAAAACGGGAGGGAAAGAUCCUGAGUGAGUGAGGUCUGAGAGCUGACAACUUGAAAACCAUGCUGUCCUAAGCUGAGUGUCCCUCAGGCCUGGUGCCUGGACUCUUUAUGAUUUUUAAUUCAAAUAAACUGAUGCAUGGGUGUAUUGA